UGGGCUACUUCCCUCUUCCUUUCAUUUAAUGUUUAACUCAGCAUACACUUACUUGUGUGAGCUGUUAUCAGCUAAUAUUUCAAAUUUCGGCUUAAAUGAAUGAUCUACCUGCUGCCAUCGGGAGUAAAGAUUUGCUUUAGAUGUGAAGAGAGUCUGCUGAUGGAGAGUCACUCCAGGCCUCGGUCCUCCAUGCCUGCUCCCCCGGGCUUCACUCGACUGGAGCAGAAUGAGCCUAUGAACUCCCUGCGAAUCUCUGUAGGAGGCCUCCCCAUGCUGGCUUCCAUGGCCAACACCACUGACCCCCGUUUCCGCCUCAAGUGGAGGCCCAUCGUGGCUGUGGCUGCCUCCCUGGCCUUGCUCCUGCUGCUCUUCAUGCACUUGAGCUCAGGCUUUCGCUCUCGCUCUUACAACUCAAAUGGCUGGAGAGCCGGCCACGGUGGGACCCUGCACUUCGAUUCCCAGUACAACAACACCUACCCUCUCAGUUCGCCUGAACGCACGCCGCAGGGCACCCGCUACCGCAUCGGCGUCAUCGCCGACCUGGACACGAGCUCUCGUAGUGACAAGAAGCUGACGUGGUUCAGCUAUAUGCGGCGGGGGUACCUGCUGGUGUCCCAGAGUGGUGACAAGGUGGCAGUGGAAUGGGAUGCGGACAGGGUGGUGCUGGAAAGCCACCUGUCGGAGAAGGGCAGGGGUAUGGAGCUGUCGGAGCUGGUAGUGUUCAAUGGGAAGCUCUACAGCGUUGACGACAGAACGGGAGUAGUGUAUCACAUUGACAGUGACAAAGCUGUGCCCUGGGUCAUCUUAACUGAUGGAGAUGGCAGUGUUGCCAAAGGGUUUAAGGCUGAGUGGCUGGCAGUGAAAGAUGAGCACCUGUACGUUGGCGGUCUGGGUAAGGAGUGGACCACCACCGAAGGCGAGUUUGUCAACAACAAUCCAGAGUGGGUGAAAGUAGUCGGCUUCAGAGGGGAUGUACAACAUGAGAACUGGGUUCCCAGGUACAAAUCUCUGAAGGCAGCUGCAGGGAUAGAGCCUCCAGGUUAUCUUAUCCAUGAAUCGGCGGCGUGGAGUGACAGCCUGCAGCGCUGGUUCUUCCUCCCCCGCCGUGCCAGCAAGGAGCGCUACGAGGAGACAGCGGACGAGCGUCGCGGCACGAACCUCGCCCUCAGCUGCUCGCCAGAUUUCAGAGACAUCAUUGUGAGUCGAGUUGGUCCGCUUAACCCCACUCACGGUUUCUCCUCCUUCAAAUUUGUCCCCAACACGGACGACCAGAUCAUUCUGGCACUCAAGUCAGAGGAAGACGCCGGGAAGAUCGCUACAUACAUCAUGGCGUUCACGCUCGACGGACGCAUCCUUUUACCCGAAACCAAGAUUGGAGAUGUGAAAUAUGAGGGCUUGGAGUUCAUAUAGACGGCUCGCUCAGAGACUGAGGGACUCACUCGUGAGGCCACUGCGCCGUGGUUCUAUUUCGUUUACAAUCCAGUCACUGUUGAAGUUAUUGUACUUGCUGCUUCCUCAUUGAGUUUGUAAAAGACACCGCUCUAGCCGUUAAAGGACUGUCUUCAGUACAAACAGAGGAACUGUGGGCUGAGACUGUGAAAUGUGGCCCUGUUUUGGGUUUCAAGAAAGUGCCAGUCAGACUGAACAAUGCCAGCAGGUCUUGUGGUGUGCCAUCUCCUUCCCAGGCCAAAUGUGGCCCUCAACAGUACUGUAACCUUUCUUACAAUGAAUGUACAAAAGAUUGAUUUGUCAGACUGUGAUUUUUUUUCCCUAAAGAAUACAUUUUCAUCCACAUACUGUACACUCUCGAGAGGUCAAAGGUUUUCUCCCUUUGCUCUAUGUUAAACAGCAUCAUUCUGUACACACCAGACAUAUUAUUUUCAGUGGAAUAACUAAAAGUCUGUUUAUAGUCUUCAUAAAAAUCUGCAUUAUUUGAAGGAUGUUGUGGUGAAAGACUAAUUAUUACUGAGUAAAAUCUUGAUUCUUA